AAUUACAAACUAAACCUGAACACUGAUAAGCUAAUUAAAAAAUCAAAAAAAGGAAAGUCCAAGCCAUAUAUUUCCUUUUCCUAAUAAGAAAAGCAAAUACGCUAAUGUCGGUCACUAGUAUUUAUAAAUACAGAUCACUACAUGCAUAUCUAAUACAACAAUCAGUCUCAAAUCUCUCGAACGUAAACUUCCACAGGAAACUAUUAGUUCUUCUCUAGUUAAAAGAUUAAUUAAUUCUUGUACAAUGGGGAUGACCCAUAAUAAUCCCUUCUCGAUGCCUACCUUGUUCGAAGCUUUGCAACGUCUCCGUCUCUCAGAAGAAGAAACCUCCGGCUCCAUUCCUCCUCCUCCUGCUUUAAUCCCACGCGCCGCCGUAGAUAACGCGCGUUUAAUCAAACUAUUCAACCUAAUGACUAGCAAGGAAUGUGUGUCCCAGUUUAAAGAGAUUAUCUCAAAGGAACCUGACCCAGAAGCUCUUCCGAAGAUAGUCUCGUUGCUGACUUCAGACUCCGAUUACUUCAUGGAGGUUGUCCGAAACAAGUACGGUUCGAAACGCGUCCAGAAGCUCCUCGGAAUAUCAGAUGACGUGGAUGCGCUCUUCUACGCCGCUAUCUUGCGCCGGUUUUACGACAUCAUGACCGAUAAGUACGCAUCCUACGUGGCGAUUCGAGCCAUGCUGGUUUUCGACACGAUGGAGAAAUUUAGAAUGUACGAUCACGUUCUCUACUACGCGCUCGACAUAGCGCGUGAUCAGUACGGCUGCAGCGCGCUCAACGAGGUUAUAACCGAUGUGGGGGAUGCUUUGUACAGAAAGCUUAUACUAGACUUAGUUGCAUGCAACGCUCUCUUCUUAAGCAACGAUCCUUCAGGGAACUUUGUGGUUCAACACGUGCUUACACUGUAUGACUCGCGUUGCACGAGUAACGUAGCGGUUAGUCUUCUUGGUCAUUGCGUUGAUCUGUCGUUUCAGAAGUAUGGAAGUUACAUUGUAGAGAAGCUUCUGGAGGCGGAGGAGUCGAUGGCUGUGGUGGUUGUGGAGCUUUUGGAGUGCGAAGGAGGCAGGUUGACGAGGCUGGCGAGGAAUGAGUUUGGGAGUUUCGUGGUAGUCAAGGCAUUGAGAGUCACGCAGGAGAUGGAUAGGAUCGAUAUGUUUUGGGAUUUGGUGCAGAAGCUGAUGCCUCUUCGCCACCUUUUGGUUAGGUCUCAUGGAAGCAACAUUGCAAAGAUAUUGGAGUCAUGUUCUAUAUAGCUACAAGAGGCUCAGAUUAGAAUUGUUUGGUUGUUUUAUGGUUGAUUGCUGAAAUCUUGUUGAAAGAAGUUUAUCAUUCACGUUUUAUAUAAGAGCGUUAUUAGUAAUAGGUUCUUUACCAAAAUCUCUCAAAAUAAAUAUAUUAGUAUUUUAAGUUAAAGUAAUUACAUAAUUAAAAGUUAAUGUGGUAAAAUAGGUAAUGUUGACA